AUGACUGACAACCGAGAGGUGCAGAAGGGCCGAGGGGUUCAAAGGGAUGGUGCGGGGGCUGACCAGACUUCCACAGUGUACAUCCCAAAGCCAUGGGUGAUUCCAGCCCCAGAGAAGAGCCUCAAUCGCAUCUUCGGGUCCAGCCAGGUGUUCGUGAACAUUGAUGAUAAAAAGGCCAAGGAAACUGGACUCACGGUGCCCUUGAAACUCAGGGAGUACUAUGUCCGAGGUAAGCAAUGCCUGGAAGAAAAGAACUGGGAGAUGGCUGUGCUCUUCUUCUCCCGUGCCCUUCACCUGGAUCCUGAGCUGGUGGACUUCUACAUCCUGCGAGCAGAGGCCUACACCCAGCUCUGCGACUUCUCCUCGGCCGUGCAGAAUCUGAGAAAGGCCUAUUACUAUGAAUCCAAAAAUAUGAACAUUGUACAGCGGCUUAGCUUGGUGCUUUAUCUGAAGGGCCAGUGCCUGUUUGAGCAGUGCUCCUUCCAGGAAGCCCUCAAAUACUUUGUGCAAGCCUCAAAGCUCCAGCCACAGCAAGCCUGCUUCCGGUACCGAUGCAUGGCUACUUUCCUGGCCCUUGGGCAACUGGACAACUGUCUCUCCUACAUUAACAAGGAGGUGAAGCAAGGCAUGGCCAGCGCUGACCUAUAUAUCCUCCGUGCCCGGAUCUACAAUUCAUUUAAGAAGCCCAACCUCUGCUAUCGGGACCUGCAUAAAGCCAUGCAGCUGGAUGCCCAGCACCCCGAGGCCAAGACCCUGCUGAAGGUGCUGGUAAGCCAGUCACAGCGGGCGCGCGAGGAGGCAGGCAUCCUUGCCGUGCAGGGCAAGCUGUCCAACGCGCUGCAGCGCAUCAACUGUGCCAUCGAGAACAACCCUCUGGACCCCAGCUUCUUCCUCUUCCGGGGCACCAUGUACCGCCGGAUGCAGGACUUCGACGCCGCUGUGGAGGACUUCCUCAAGGCCCUGGACAUGGUGACCGAGGGCCACGAGGAGACGGUGCAGCAAGCCCAGCACCAACUCCUGCUGGCCUACAACGACUUCGCUCUGCACUGCUACAAGCAGGGCGCCUACCAGGAGGGCGUGCUGCUGCUGAACAAAGCACUCAAGGACCAGCACCUGGAGAAGGGCCUCUACAUCAACCGAGGCGAUUGCUUCUUCCAGCUGGGUAACCUGGUCUUCGCCGAGGCGGACUACCAGCAGGCGUUGGCUCUGAGCCCGCAGGACGAGGGGGCCAAGAUGCGAAUGGGCCUGCUGCAGGAGAAGCUGGGCUUCUGCGAGCAGAAGAGACGGCACUUCGAUAAGGCAGAGACCCACUUCUCAAUAGCCAUUCAGCACAACCCCGAGAAGAUCCAGAACUACCUAUUCCGGGCCAAGACCCGGCAGUUCCUGCAGAACACGUUUGGGGCACGUCAGGAUGUUGCUACUGCCCUGCUCCUUGACCCCCAGCACCCGAAGCUUGUCCCUCUGCUGGAGAAGCUCUUCCCAGGCAUGUCAGUGGAGGAGGUGCUGAGAAGCAAAGUUUGCCGAUUGGCUCAGGAGCAGUUGAGACAGAGGCUGGAGGGCAACGUGAGGACCAGCCUCAAGCGAUGCAUCCUGGGGACCUUGGGCCUCCAAAGAUCAGAGAAGCAAAUGUCCUCUGCUCAGGUUCCCCCAGCACCCCAUCAUCUUAUGCCUACGGGCCAGGAGAGCAGCAGGGCUAAUGCUGUGGGCCCAAUGCCAGGCUGGUCUGCCUUCCCUAUUCACUCCCGCUAUAAUCUGCCCCUCCACAGCUCUCCUGCUCCCACACUGGACACUGCACUUGCCCCAGAUGAGAGAAGGAGACUAAUGCUGAAUUCCAAGAUUUUGUCUUCGUCAAACAGCUACCCUGACUCUGCCUUCUCCAAUGCCAUCAUGGGCAGUGGCCUGACAGCUGCUGCUGGCCUGUUCUUCCAAGUCAAGGUCAGGUCAUCCCCAGAAACUUCAGAGACAUCCACCAUGCUCUGGGACUACAAGAGCACCUCAACCAUGACCGCAAAAGGCAUUCAGUCCUCCGACGUAAAUCCGAGUCAGAGCCCCAGAAAGAACAAGGACUUGAGACAGACUCCUAGCAAGACCAAGCCUCCCCUGGGCCAAAGUCAGAGCCCUUACAAGAUCCAGGAGCCCCCCCAGGGCAGGAACCGGAGGCCCAUCUUGAAAGAGGAUGCUGGCCAGGGCCCAAAGCAUAAGUACAAAAACAAGGGGGUCCCGGGCUCAAGACAGAGGCUCCGAAAGGUGAAGGCUGCCCAGGACUGGGGCUGGCAACUGCUCCAAGAGCCACCCAAUGGCAACACUCUCCAGGACCCAGCUUGGAGCCCUGACAAUACCAAAGUCAUCCCGGCCCAGAGUCCCGGGCAGAAUGAGGUCACCGAGGAAAACAGCCAGAAUCCCAUUAAGAUCAAAGUUACCUAUAGCUGCACCCUGAGUCCUGGCAAGAUCGAAAUCGCCCAGAAUCCCAGCAAGGCCGAGGCCACCCCUGACCAAGGCCUCAGUUCCACCAAGACGGAGGCCACUCAGUACUAUAGCCAGAGUGACAGCAGGACCCAGGCAACCGUGGAGGAGAGCCUAGGUCUCAGCAAGUCCGAGGCUCCCCAAGGCCAGAGUUCAGAGCCCAGCAAAACUGAGACCACUCAGUCCAACAGCCAGAAUCCCAUCAGGCCCAAGGCCACCCAAAACCAGAGCCCGAGUCCCAGCAAGUCCAAAGUCACCCGGAACCUGAGUCCCAACAAGUCCAAAGGCACCCGGAGUCUGAGUCCUAACAAGCACAAGGCCACCCAGAGCCUGAGUCCCAGCAAGUCUAAAGUCACCCGGAGCCUGAGUCCCAGCAAGUCCAAGGUCACCCAAAACCACUACUGGAGUUCUGGCAAACCCAAGAUUACUCGGAACCAGAGCCCGAGUCCCAGCAAGUCCAGGGUCACCUGGAGCCUGAGUCCCAGCAAGAGCAAAGUCACCCGGAGCCGGAGCCCCAGUCCUGGCAAGACCAUGAGUCCCAAAACAUCCGAGACCAGCAAGACUAUCAGCCGGAGCCGUGGGAAGACCAAGGUGGCCCGGAACCUUAGCCGGCAGUAACAGUGCUUUCCCUAGGAACCACAGAGCCCCCCCCCCCCACAAUCUUCUGGCUGCAUCCCAUAACACGGU